UUAACCAACGCUUGUAAAGAUCUUACCGUUGCAUUUUAGGAAUUGCUUUUCUAAUAUUAUCCGGAGCAGUACUUGUGAAUUAUAUGUACUAUUAUUAAAAGUCUGAAAUUUUAGGAAAUUUUGACAUUAUUUUCUUGAAAAGGUGAUAUGGAUUAUAUCUACAUAGAAAUAUUUAUAACUGCUUAUUUUCUCCAAUAUACAGAAGGUGCUGGUUGUAAUGCAUAUACUGGAGCAGUGAUAAGAGACUAUGACUUCGAUUAUUCCACUGAUUCUAUUACAAACGCUGGGGCAAAGCUGUCUGAAAGAGAACACGACAACACUCAUAGACAGGUCGAGUUUGUGUUGUCAAAUAAUGCCGACUAUCAGAUCAGUUGUUCUUGUGGAAUUGUUACUAUGUGGCAAUUUUUUGCCUGGAAAAGUGGCACGACUAUUUUCUAUGUCUUAGAUGGAACUCGAGUAGUAGGAAAGACUUCAGUCUACAUUGGAGCACAAUCAGUUCAAAACUUUUUCGAAGUCCCUUUAUCAAGUGAUAUGUGGAUUCCAGUUAAAAGUGGAUACACACUUGGAUUCUACACAGAGGGCGAACCAAUGAUCACAUAUAGAGAUAUAGCCAGCAAUUCUAUGUAUUUCAAUAGCAAUGAAGCGGAGAAAAAUGUCGACGAAGAUGUUGCAUCUUCUGGGUUUACAACUGAUCGGAGAUACGCUAUUGCUGCUUAUGUUGCAGCGGCACAUCCUCCGAUGUUUGUAAACGCCCCUUUUGAGACAACUGUGUACACCCACCAGAUCGGUGACAUCAUCUAUACAGCUACAGCGUUGGACCUCGAUGGAACAGACACUCUUACAUAUUCUAAAACAAACGGAGACGCAAGUUUUGUCUUCGAUACAACUGACCUGACAUUGAGCUACACUUUAAAGUUAAGUCAAGGAACAUACACUGUCACACUACGUGUGGAAGACGGAUGCAAUGAUGCUGUUAAUGCAAUCAUCACGAUUAAUCUUAUAAAUGAGGGCCCAUCAUUCACGAACCUGCCGGCGUCUACUACAGUGUCUGAAACGGAAACGUCACAGAGAACGAUAUAUACAUUGACGGCUACAGAUACCGCAGACGACACUGUAAAUUGCACCUUAAAUAGUACGGGACCGUUCUCGUUCAAUCAAGUUUCGAGUGUAUCACCAAUUGAAUAUGAUAUUGUUCAAAAUACAAGCCUCGGCUACUCGUACCCGUCUGAAAAGUAUUAUGAUUUGUGGAUUUCGUGCACGGACGGUGACGCCACUACAUACUCAAAUUUUCAAGUUGAUGUCGUUAAAAAUGAGCCACCAUUUUACAACGCAGGAUCAGGCUAUCUCCCGGCAUCUGUCUAUGUGGAAAGAACUGCCGGAGCAACUAUAUAUCAACUUAAUUUCACUGAUCCCGAGGCGGACACAGUAAAUGACUUUUCACUUUCUUGUAGUGGAGCGUGCCCAUUUAGUAUUAGCACAGCAGUUCCAUUUAAAGGUAUUGUAACAACAAACGAUAUAUUGGAACUUGAUAGUUAUGACGUGAAUAUAGUAAUGCGAGAUGAACAUGACAACGAGGCCGGACCUUAUGCGUUGUCCGUGAUAACCUCUGGUCGGCCAUACACACAUAAUGCGGCUCCGAUAUUCGUAAACCUUGACACCACAAUAUAUGUUAUGGAACAUACCACAGUAGGGACAUUCCUCCUCAAGGUGUUAUACACAGAUGAAAAUCCUACUGACACUUUCACUCUUGCAAAGGUUUCAAGCAACACUGCGGACACCUACUUUAAUUUUGAUACAACCACGGGAGUAAUAUCAGUGAAGGCAGACAUAAACUUUGAGACAACUGGUACUGGAGGUUGGGAAAUGGAAAUCACAGUGAAUGAUGGGUCAGAGGCACAGCAUGUUACAGUAACAGGAACAGUGACAUUUACCAUUGUGAAUAUCAAUGAAGGAAUCACUCUCACAAUUUCCAGUCCUGCUAUCAGUGCCAAUGAGACCCUUACAAGAGGAGUCGCUUUUUCGAACCCGGGUAUAUCAUCCACGGAUGUUGACGCGGGGGACACAGCUUACUACACGAUGGACUGUGGUGCAGAUUCAAAGUACUUCUAUUUAGACACUUCCACAUUGGAGGUUAAGUUUGCCAGAGAAUAUGACAUGGAUUCUGGCUUGUCAGGUACCGCUACGUGCAAUGUUACUGUGCGGGAUAAAAAGGGAUUGUCGGACUCGGGUCUACUAACUUUGACAGUCAAUAACAUAAAUGACCAUUACCCAAAGUUUCCUAAAAACGUAUACGUUUUCUUCUUAUCAACAACGACAACAUUUUUCACCGAAGUAACCAACAUGGCGGCUACCGACGCCGACAGCGACUCAUUUGGGUCCACUCUGGGCACGAUAACAUACAAUUUCAAUCCUGUUAACCCGACAGAAGACUAUUUUCAGUUAGAUGUUGCAGGAGUGUUGUUUGUGAGAAAUUUGACUACAUAUACAGCAAAUACCUAUGUGUUUGAAGUAAUCGCAACAGAUAGUGGAGGUUUGACCGGAACAUGUACAGUAACAGUUGUAUUUAGUCCCACAAGUGUUACGACAACAACAACUACAGAACGACCACUGAUCUUCGAAGACGACUAUCAGAAUUACAUCUGGCUACUUCUGUGUGCAGUAGGCGUAUUUGCCACUAUGGUUGUAAUUGGAAUGAUGGUCUGGAAAGAUCCAAUUGUCAAUGAAUACAUAAACUUCAAAAAAUACAAGUUGUGCAUAUGGUGCAGAAAGAAACCCAAACCAAAGGAACCGAGACGGACAGUUGGAAAGUUACGAGUUACCGUAAAUAAAAAGGAACUUGAAAACGAUCCAGAUAAUGCGUUACCAUGGGAACUCCUCGCCAAAGACAAUGAAGUACCGGAACUAAAUGAAGUACAGGAGAUGAUAGAACAUCGCCUCGAAAAGAGAGAUCGCGACUACAAGAAUUUUUCCGGACUUCCUGUGUUUGAGAAAGGAAAAGGCGGACGUCCAGAAUCCGGACGAGCUACAAUUCAUUCUUCAGCCAGCAGUCAGGGCAGACCGGAAAGUGAUUCGCCGAAAUAUGCGAAAUUCAUUGCAUCUGAAGACAAUGAGGGUGAAGAUGGUGGCGAAGGUCAGUGGGGCGAUCUGACCGGGCAACACGUGAUAUCGACACCGGUUGUUCCUUUGCAGGGAGCUGAAGGCGGUAACACCAGUGAAACUGAAGACCAAACAAAUGAUUCACCUGAGUGGUGAAUGAUCUGUUUGCGAUAAAACUUAUUUGUGAUAACUGUUGUAAUAAUAAAACAUCUUAUUCCGUUUGGCCUAGAGCUAUUUCAUUGAUUAUCAGUGACUGAUUUGAUCAAAAUGAAGACAAUUAAAUGAAUUUUGUGUAAUAGACAACUGGUUUACUUGUUAGUUGUACAUAAUUAUUUUCUUUCAUUCUGCAUUGUGUGAAAAGCAGUCAAUGUUUGUCCGUUUAUCAGUAUUCUUUUCAAGACUGGACAGGUUAGAAGCAAUAACAAUGUUUUUCAUGUUGAACCAGUACAAACUGUAAAAAGUAAUUUGAUUUUUUUUAUUCUGCUGGUAAAAUAAGGGAAACAUUGAUGUGAAAAAUGAUUGCAAAUUUUUAAAAUCUCUGUAAAGAAUUAUAAAAUGUUGGAUUAAACGUGCUAUUAGACUUCUUAUCAUGAAGACAAUAUGUUACAUGGAUAUACGUUAGUUUUGGUCAAAUGUUGAAACGCCUAGAAAACGUAAAAAGACGAAAGAAUCACCAGAUAAUGUUCAAUCCAAUAUGUGUCAAAAUGUUCAAAUACAAUUGAACAAAAUGGCGGAAGAAAUGGAACACCAAAUAAGAGCAGCAAUCAAUAUCAGGCAAGUCAGAGCUAUAGUUUGCCACCUCAGUUGCCAUAUCAGAACUAUAAUAAUCAAUAUAUGGCUAUGUAUUAAGCAUCACCAGCUUUUUCACCUGGAAGCAUCCCAACAAACCGCAAUGCACAGGGUGAUAUGAUGUCAAUUAUCAUACAAAGGCUAGAUUCAAUGGACAAGAAAUUAACCCACUCAGAAAGUAUUCAGUCUAGUGUCAAUUCGUUAACGUUAAAAACUGACACCACGAGCAAGAGGAUUAAUAUUAUACAGUCCAAAAUCAAGGACAUCGAAUGGCCGUGCAUUUGACAGCAGUCUAUUGGAUAGUAUAAGCAAUCGAUUCACGAUACAUAUGACGUGGAUAUUUUUAGAAAAAUUGAAUCUGAUAUUUACAAAUAUAGUACUUUAGGAAAAGUCUUUUUGUCAGGCGAUUUAAACUCUAGGGUUGAUAAAAAUCAUAACUAUAUUGAUAACUUAAAUUAAUAAUAGAAAAUGAUGACGCACUUUACAUCGAUACACCAUUCCCACGUGCAAGUUGUGACGUGACAGUGAAUAGAUUUGGAGAACUGUUAAUCGAUUUGUGUAAGUCAACCAAUAUACGUAUUGUUAACGGCAGGUUACAUAACGAUAACGGUAUCGGUAAACGGACCUGCAUGACACGCAAUGGGGAAAGCUUAAUAAGUAGAAUAUGUUUUGACGGAUAGGGUUAAUUUCAAGGACAUCGUCGACUUUAAUGUCAAUGAUUUUAAUGUUUUUAAUGUACCGAUCUCGUUCUCUCUCUGUAUUGAUACAGAUUUACCAUAUACAUCUUUCAAAAAACACAUAUUCUAUAAGUGGAAUAGUGAAUAUAAAAAUGCUUUUAUAAAUGAUGUCAAAUACGGCAUAAGUGACUUAGAAAACAGCUUGCUAAAUGAUAUUUCUAAGGCAGAAGUACCCGAUGUACUAGUUAAUAAAUUUACAGUUUUUUACAGUACACACGUGUAUUUUGAAAACUGCUCAAAAGGAAAGGAUGAGUAUUUGGCCUAUACAGAUACAAUAGGCAAAAAUGGUAUAACGAAGUAUACUAAGAGAAACAUGAAUUGUAUAUAAAAGCGGUGUAUGAGUAUAGUAUCAACCCUAAUGAUGACACAAGAAUGAAAGUUUAAAUGAAGAAGAAAGACUAUAAAUAUUAUUGCCAUGAAUUCUGAAAGACCUUUAAACAGAAAUCUUCAGCAAGUCGAGGUGAGCAAAUAAAAGUUGACUCUUUCCACGAGCAUUUUAAAGGUCUCUCUUCCAACCACGUCCAACGUGAAACAAAUACUAAGUGUGAUAUGUUAAAUCAUUUUAGCAACAGAACGUAACGGUACAACUUUUAAAGAACUUGAUAGACCUAUAUCUGUUAAAGAGAUUGUACAGGCAUCUAAAUGCCUGGGUAGUAAUAAGCUUGUUCGGCUGAAUGAAUAUUUUAAAGCAAAUAUAAAUGAUAUGGUAAAUCCUUUGCAGUUGCUAUUGAACUGCAUUCUAAAUAGUAGAACUUUUCCGAGGUGAUGGCCGUCGGGGUUCAUUAUUCCUUUACAUAAAACGGGUGAUUCCUCAGAUCCAAAUAACUAUAGGGGCAUUCAAGAACAAGUUGUUUUGCGAAGUUUUUCACUGUAAUUAUGAAUGAAAGACUGACAAAAUGGUCUAUGGAUAAUGACAAGAUUACGAAUGCCCAAUUUGGGUUUAAAACAGAUUACAGUACUGUUGAUGCUAUCUUUAUAUUAACUUCUUGAAAAAUUUAUAAACGAAAAGAAGAAACUAUUUUGCUGCUUUAUCGACUUUAAAAUGGCAUAAGACCUAAUUGACAGAAACUGUGGUAUAAACUAAUAAAUUGUGGAAUUGAUGGUAAAUUGUUUUCUGUGAUUUAUUCAAUUGUGCGUGAAACAUGAAAAUACGUUGUCAGUUGUGAAAUUGGUCUGUUUUAAUUUAGGGGAGAUUACUUUUCCAGUAAUGUUUAGUUUGUUUUUGCAUGAUUUAGAAAAUGCACCGCAGGAAAAUUUAUAUGAUGAUAUAGCAUUAGAUCAAAUAUCGAUUCGAUUUACUUGUUAUUAUCUGCAGAUGACGCAGUUAUUUGUUCAGAUUCUGCGCAAGGUUUACAAAACGCCUUAGAUAGCUUAGGAACAUAUUGUACAAAAUGGAGCCUAACUGUAAAUAUAGACAAGACUAAAAUUGUUGUAUUAAGGAAAGGUGGAGUUUUUAAUAAAUGUUAUAACUGGACAUAUGCGGGAUCUGAUAUAGAGGUUGUCAAAACUUUCAACUACUUAGGUAUUGUUAUGUCUAGUGGUGGAUCAUGCAUGCCUGUGACAAACACAUUGAAAAGUAAAGCACUACGGCCAUUGGGCUUAUUGUUAAAUGUAACUAAAGGGAAGCAAGUCCCAACUGAUAUCAUGUUCAAUUUAUUUUAUGCAUAUGUUCUACCAAUUCUUAAUUAUGGUUGUGAGAUAUGGGAUAGUAUGCAAGCGGACAAUAUAGAAACUGUACAUAGAAAGUACUGUAAAUGGUUACUUAAUGUGAAAAUGUCAACAAAUACCUUACUAUUGUAUUCUGUAGUGGGUAGAUUUCCACUAGGUAUUUCAAGACAUGUAAGAAUUAUUAAACAUUUUAUAAAGUUAUACCAAAAUAAAAGCAGUAAUUGUAUACUAGAUUACAUUGUUAAAAGAGAUUGAGGAUAGAGUCUAGACCUUAUGCUGUAAAUUGGUUGUCCAAAGUAAAAGCACUUUUGCAAAGUCCGGGAUUUAGCCAGGUAUGGAUGUAUCCAGAAUCUACAAACUUAAAUGUAUUUAUACCGGUACUACAUAAUCGUUUAAGAUCUAUUAGCGAGGUAUGGAUGUAUCCAGAAUCUACAAACUUAAAUGUAUUUAUACCCGUACUACAUAAUCGUUAAAUAUAUAUUAUAUAUAUCACACAUUGGUACUCUAGUGUAAUUCUAUGUUCUUCGUUAUAUUUGUGUAAACAUAUUAAGACAGAAUUAAGCCGGUCUGGAUACCUUAACAUUGUAGAAAGUAUGAAAUUAAGAAACACACUGGUUAAACUCAGAUUAUCGUCACACAAUUUAUCUAUAGAAACAGGCAGACACAAUGAUAUCGAUAGAAGUGAACGAAAUGUUGUAUCUGUAACAAAAAUGACAUCGAAGAUGAAUGCCACUUUAUAUUGAUUUGCUCUUUGUAUGAUACUAUAAAAAAACAGUAUAUAUACAAUGUUUUUGUAAGAAACCCUAGCAUGUAUAUAUUCAUGGAAUUGCUUAAUUCAGAAAGGAAGUCAGUAUUAAUCAAAUCAGCAGUAUAUUGUAAUAAAGCCUUCAAAAUGAGAUCAAAUGCAUUGAACGACGGGUAGUAUAUCUUACCAUCCUAGCUAUCAUGUAUAUAGUUAUAUAGAUUGUAAGUGUUACAUGUGUUGUAUUGCACUCUAACUAGUUUACUGGUAUGUUUAGAAUACUAGGUAUUGCCAUUUUUCGUAUUCACGCAUGUAUAUAUUGUUGUAUAUGAAGAUGAGCUGUUUAUGCUUAACUCAAAAUAAAAUGUUCUGUUCUGUUCUGUUC